CACAAAAUGACACCAAGCUAAGCAGGUUCCAACUUUCUAUUGCUUGAAGGUGGAUGAUUUGUUCCGAAUUUCAUAUUACGUAGACCACGUUACGUCAUCAACCUACACCAUCGCUCACAGCUACCAGGAUGAAGACGAAAUUGUUCGAUCGUACUUCGCUUUUCUCAUGAUUUGUGUUUUUGAUUUUCCGAUGUUUUGAUGUUUUUUUGAGGUGAAAUCGAAUUCCCUUUUUUAUCAUAGAUCAAUUUGCUUGAGUAACGACUUCAUUCUCGAAGAAGAUCAUCAAUCAAUAAGCUUCCUCUACUAGUACUGCUGCUCGUGCUCAGAUUCACUUCGCUUAGCUAGUGGUGGAGGAAAGUAUAAGUAAAAAGUGGAGCACGACAUCAUUAUAGUACCACCUAAGAACUUCUGUAGGAGUUGUAGGAGACACACACACACAGACUAGCUUGAUAAUUGUACCACCAGAAGGACUCCUCGAAGAUGGUUCUCAGACGGAGCAGCAUUUUUACAAGUGCCUCCCGCUCAAACAGAGACACUCAAGAAACAGAGAGGAUGCCACGACGAUCGCGGAUCCCCGAUUCUUUUGCUGCACCAAAAAGGCAUGGAGGAAAGAACAAGUUGCUUCUUCUUAGUUCCGCUCUCUGUUUUGGUGGCACACACGCAAUUCUAGGUAACAGAGGACCCGCUCACCACAGGCCACCGGGACAGGGUGGAGCUCCUCCUGCUCAACAUGCUGGUGGAGCGCCGCAGCAACAGCAACAACAGCAGGUAGUUUUAGAAGUAGAAACAGAUGAAGAGGUCGUAGGUGUUCAGAUUCAUGAUGCAGGGUGCAACUUAAAAGUUUUCUAGUCGGUCAUUCUUACACUUACAACUACAUGAAUUAUGAUCAACUACUUAUACAAUCAGAGUAGUUUAUAGCACGCAUGGUGCAUGGAGUAGCAUGGAGUGCAUGGGGCGCAGAGCUUUAAGGGGCGCAAGAAGCUCCCCCUUUAGCUCCAUGCUACUCCAUGUGAUCCAUGCACUCCAUGCCGUGCGAGCUGGGAAACCUUAUAAAUUGCUCUGAUACAUGAAUCAUUAACCUUUCUCGUCCAGGCACCGUUGACACCGGAAGAGGAACAGGAGAUGGCUCUCUAUGGUGACCGGGUUGCUGCGCAUGAUGACCCCUCAUACGAUCCCGCAAAUGACCCUAACGCU